AGUUGGGCUGCUUGGGCCCACAGUCUUGCAGGUGUUUCAUUCAAAUGCUGCCCAAAAUCUGUUUGUUUGCAUGAGGUUGUCUGAGUAGCCAUGUCAGAAAUUAAAACGUGGGCACUGUGGAGGGCAGUUCUUGCUGAGUCUCUGGGAAUGAUCAUCUUUGUCUUCAUCGGCAUCUUAGCUGCAAUAGGGGACAAAAAUAAUACUUAUCCUGACCAAGAGAUAAAAGUGGCAUUUGCCUUUGGCCUAGCCAUUGCCACAUUAGCCCAGUGCAUAGGUCACAUUAGCGGUGCCCAUCUGAAUCCUGCCAUCACCCUGGGCCUCCUGGCCAGCUGCCAGAUGAGUGUCCUCAGAGCCUUUUUCUACAUAAUAGCUCAGAUUUUGGGAGCAGUGGCUGGGAGCGCCAUUGUGUAUGGUAUCAGGCCAGAAACCACAGAUUCACUUGGUGUUAACAAGCUAAAUGGAAUCAGCCAAAGUCAAGGUUUUGUCAUAGAAUUCCUGCUCACUCUUCAGCUGGUCCUGUGUGUGCUUGCAGUCACUGACAAAAGGCGUGAUCUCAGUGGACAUGCGCCUCUGGCUAUCGGACUCUCUGUAGGGUUGGGACACCUUGCUGGGAUCCGCUACACAGGAUGUGGUAUCAACCCAGCUCGAUCCUUUGGGCCUGCAAUUAUACAGGAGUCUUUUGAUGAUCAUUGGGUAUACUGGGGAGGACCAGUGAGUGCUGGUGUGGUGGCAGCUAUUCUGUACAAUUAUCUGCUGGCACCCAGAGAUGAGCCAUUCAGUGAAAAAGCAAGAAUCCUGUUGUGCAGUGGCUCAUCACCAGAAAAUGAAAUUGAGGAGCCCCUUCUGGAGGACGUUGUGAUGUAAAAUAGUCAAAGGAACCGGUCUGAGCGGAAAUUACUCCUGUAUACUGCAUAUUUUUGUAAAAUAAAA